CACCCGGAAAUGGAUCGACGCAACUGGUCGAACGGGGCGCGCCUGCUGUUGCACCUGUCCGCCGUUGUUCACCUGGGCUACGCCAUUUACUAUGACUUUCGGUUUGCCCAGUUGCCACAAUUGGCGGUGACCCUGCGUCUGGAGCCACCGAUGGGUGGCAAGUUCAAGUACAUGACCUUUCUGGGUGGCCUGGUGCAGUUCGGGUACUAUGCCUUGGCGCUGACCUAUGACCUCUUCCGAAUGCGAUCUUUGAGGAGCCUGCGUGACUACAUGCUGGCCACCUUUGUGGUGCCACUCUCCCUCACGGUGAGUUUCACCUUCUGGACACUAUAUGUGAUCGAUCGCGAGGCCAUAUAUCCCGGUCUACUGGACCUGGUCUACCCAAGUUGGCUGAACCACGCCAUGCACACCUUCGUCGUGGUCUACGCCCUCAUCGAAUUGGGCAUCACUCGCCACAGAUAUCCGCAUCGAAGUCGGGGAUUCGCCGGACUGGCUGCCUUCAUGGUCGGAUAUCUGGUGUGGAUUCACUACGUCUGGUUCAGGACCGGCAUCUGGGUGUAUCCCUUCCUGGGGGGCAUCGACUGGUACCUGCGCGUCGCCUUCUUCGCUUUGAUCAUGGUCCUCGGCUUCGUUUACUAUCUAUUUGGCGAACACGUCAAUCUCGUACUCUGGGUGCGAACCAACGUCGAUUACAGGUGGAGCGAUUGAAAGGCAUUUCAAUCACCACACACACCUGGAUAGAUUAGGAUAGAAACUAGUUUUGCUUUAGUUUUAAAAAUAUGUAUGCCUCUGUAAAUAAAAAAAGG